AUGUCCUUGGCACAGCCGGCCCUGGCUAGUCUUCAAGUCAGUGACUACCUUUCCCUCACUGCUUCUGUCGUUGUCACGUAUGACUUCUUGCUCCUGCUUGGACGCGAGGUUGAACUAGUAUGGAAGCGCCCCUGGAGUCUGAUGUCCUCGCUUUAUGUCGUGGUGCGAUACCUUGGUCUGGCACUUGCGAUCAUCGAUUCCUUCUGGGGAGGUGUCGUAAAUAUGACCUCUGAAACCUGCUAUAUAAUUGAGAGAUGGCCACUACACUAUGUGUACCUAGGCCUAUGGACGCUACAGCUCCUGAACUGGGGAAAUUUCGUGUUUAUGAUUGCCAUGGAAGGCAUCAUGGUCCUACGAAUAUAUGCUAUGUAUAGCCAAUCGAAAUUAAUAUUGGGCGUUCUACUGGUGUUGUUUCUGUCAGUCAUGGCUCUGACGCUAGCAAUCGGCAUCAAAUAUUAUGGACCACAUAGUGGGCUGAUUCUUACACAGUUCUCGGCCCUCAAUACGAACUUCUGCUUGGACGCGCUGGGCACCGAUCCCAUGUUCUUUGUAUACGCAUCCAUUCCAUCUGUUUUAUUUGAUGCGUUGCUCGUCGUCCUCGCAACAACUCGCCUGGUCAAGCACACAAUCGAGAUGAAUCAAGCAACCGGUGGAUGGAGAAUAAACCACUCUAUGAAGAUGAUAGUGCGUGAUAGCGUUCUAUACUUUGUAUUAAAUCUUGCAUACAAGGUAUUGAACCUUAUUCCUCUUGCGAACAUACCAGUGGUGUGCACGUCAUUAGCUGAACUGUUUUGCGCGAUCGAGCCUUACGUUCUUGCUCCUCGUUUGGUGAUCAACUUUCGAGAGUAUAAUAUAUGCACACGUGGAUUGAUGACGAGUAGUGACUUCAUGGGACCGCUUCUAGCCUCCAAUGUGGUACGGACGGAAUAUGAGCUAAGUCCUAUGAGUCCUGGUCCAGACUCGAAAUUUGACAUCGAAAGGGAUGCGUGA